GUUAACGCUGCGCCGUCACCAGGACAAAGGUGAACAGGAUACAGCGGGGAAGGACGUUUCAACUUUAACAACUGGCCUAGAACAACGAUUUUCAUCAUGGCUUUGACGCAAGAAUCCGUCCUAUCUCUGCUGAUAGCGGAGGGGGGCAAGGUGAAGAAAUCGGACCUGGUGGGUAAGUUCAAAGAUUCAAUCAACUGCGGCGAUCCAGAGGAGAGAGCUCAGAAAAGAGAGCUUUUCAAGACUUUUGUUAACAAUAUCGCCUGCGUAAUAGAAAUCGACGGUGUCCGCUAUGUAGCGGUAAAGAAACGGUAUCAGCAUUUGCUUCAAAGUGCAGGAAAGACAGAAACUGAAGAGAUCCAGCUGACAGGUGAGCAGCAGCGCCCACCUGCGAAAGCCGAAUGCUCUGAGGAUGUAGGAGAGGAGAGAUCAGCGGAUCCUGAGCCAGAUCAAGUACAGGCAAGUGAAGUUGUUGAAAACCCUGAGGAAUUAUUGUCUCCUGUGCUGCUGGCACUGCAAAGGAGCAAAAUUAUGGACUUUAAAUUAAAAAAGGUUCUGAGUUUUGAGACCCAACAGAAUGAAAAUGGCUCACAAAAGGGUUCAGGAAAUGAGCCCAUCCGUAACAAGCCCUACGCCCUGCCUCUGAGAGUGCCACCAAGCGCGACCCGAGUGGAGAUCCGUAAACUUAAAGUGGAACCAGAUGAUUCUCCUGAUGGUCCUAAACCGGACUCCUUCAGGAACAAGCGAAGGCCUUCAGUGGAGUCGUGCAGCGGCUACAUUAUUAGCUCCCCCGAGCUGAGGAGAGCAGUAAAGAGCACCAAGGCAUCAGAGGAAUCCAGGAUGCCCUCCUCGGUUCCCCUGGAGCAGUCAGAGCAUGAAUGGCUGGUUAAAUGUGCAGCCGGACACUGGAGCCAGGUUUACGGCCUGCUGCUGAGAGACAACCAGCUGGCUGAGAAGAGAGACUUUAUGUCAGGGUUCACUGCUCUGCACUGGGCGGCCAAAAGUGGGAACAGUGAAAUGCUUGUGAAGAUAAUCGACCUGUCCAAGCAAGGAGGGGUUGACGUUGACAUUAACGCAAAAACACAUGGUGGAUACACACCUUUGCACAUCGCCGCCUUGCAUGACCAGGAGUACAUCCUGGCCAUGCUGGUGGGAGAGUUUGGGGCCGAUCCCAGCAUCCGGGACAACUGUGGGAAGAAAGCUUACCACUAUCUGCACAAGGGCAUCUCAAACACAGUAAGAGAGAUGCUGGGUGAGCCAAAAGCCCAGGUCACGGUUCAGGAAAAGCCCCCGGAAGAGAAGGACGAGCUGGAUCUGUUACCUGAUCUCUCCAAGGGAUUCCAUUCGAUAAGCCGCCUCUUCCAGCCCCACAUGACGUCCCAAAAGAAGAAGCACAAGCAGAGGCCAGCGUUCUACUCUCUGAACGAUGACCCCAGAGAAGACAGCAACGGAUUCAGACACAGGCUGGUGUCAGAUGCUUUUAUGUAAACUCAGAAGUCUGUCUUGGUUAUUUUUUUGCUCUGGAAUAGUCUGUCCUGCCAAGAAAUGACAAAUACUUAAAAAAAAAAAAAAUGCUUAAGAAACAGGACUCCUGUUUAUUCCUGUUAUUUAUUUUUUUCUAGUUGGCAGACCACUUAGAAAAUAAAAUUAUUUUAUAUGAGUUUGGCUGUUUGGUGAAGAGGAUAAUCAAGAUUUAAAUGAACAAUGGAGUCAGGAGAAACCUUCUGUAGCUGGUUAAAUGAGAGACAACAACUUUCUUUGAGCAAUAUCUUUAUUUAUUGUGUCUAAUAUGUGAAGUGUUAAAAUGAAAAUGUAUUCAGAAAAAAGCUCCAUUGGAUCUUGUGAGUUGUCCUUUCAUAACUCUGUCUGUGAAAACUUGAAUGCUGUCAGUCUAUAGAAGCCCAGACUCAGGGAGUUGAAGAGUAAUAUUUUAGAAAACAGGCACAUUUUCUGUAGACUUUCCAUUUGUUUACUCAUUGUUAUGCACUGACAGUUUAAAGAAAGAAGAGUAUGUCCGACACUAGCAUUUUCAGUAAGGUUCAAUGGCAUGUACUGUUUAAAGUUUAUCAUAAUGUACGUCAAGCCUGUUGAAGAACAUCAUGUAUAACAAUUUAUUUUGAUUUAAAAUGAGCUUCCCUUCUUAAUACAAGGAAUAAAUCCUGCUGUUCA